CAACGCAUUCAGUGUAGGGAGAAGCAGGGAGUCACUAUGAGGGGGAACUUUGUUACUAUGAAACUUAGGAAUAUUUACAAUAUAUUGUAAAAAUUAUCAAAAUCCAUCGUAAAUCAUUAACCUGCCCCAAGGUUUCGAGGCUUUUAGCUUAGUUUUCCCGGAAUGGGCUUCUAUACUCACUAUUCUUACACUUUUUUGAAAGAAUGUGUGAGACAGUUAGCCAGCUAGCUAGCUAGCUGAGGGGUGAGACAGGCGGCAGGAGAACAAAAGAUUUUUUUUGCGUUUUGGCCGGUUGUACUGACACCAAGUCCAUGCAGAACGUGUCAUUACCAUCACAAUGCCCGUUUUACUUUUUCUGAUAGACACGUCCGCUUCAAUGAACCAGCGCACCCAUCUGGGCACUACCUAUCUGGACAUAGCAAAAGGCGCUGUUGAGACUUUUAUGAAGCUCAGAGGGAGAGAUCCGGCGAGCCGAGGGGACCGGUACAUGCUGGUAAAUUUUGAAGAUGCUCCGUUCGGGAUCAAGGCUGGGUGGAAGGAGAGCCACGCCACAUUCAUGACAGAGCUGAGGAACCUCCAAGCUACUGGACUCACCACUGUUGGACAGUCCCUGAGGACAUCUUUUGAUUUACUCAAUCUCAAUAGAUUAGUGACUGGCAUAGACAACUAUGGACAGGGAAGGAAUCCUUUUUUCCUUGAACCGGCCAUCAUCAUCGCCAUCAGCGACGGCAACAAGUUGACCAGCAGCAACUCUGUGCAAGACGAGCUCCACCUACCCCUGACCACCCCGCUGCCGGGCAGCGAGCUGACCAAGGAGCCCUUCCGCUGGGACCAGCGUCUCUUUGCUUUGGUGCUGCGUAUCCCUGGCAACGCCUCGGUAGAGACUGAACCCCUCGGUGGCGUCCCACCGGAUGAUUCGCCGAUCACACCCAUGUGUGAGGUCACUGGAGGACGUUCCUACAGCGUUUUCUCCCAGCGCAUGUUAAAUCAGUGUUUGGAGUCUCUGGUGCAGAAGAUCCAGAGUGGAGUGGUGAUAAACUUUGAGAAGACGGGGCCUGACCCGCCUCCACUCGAAGACGCUCCAGCCGAGGCGCUGAAGUCCGGCCCCCAGCCCUGGCAUUGCUGUCACAAGCUGAUCUACGUCCGACCCAAUCUGAAGACGGGCGUUCCCAUCGGCCACUGGCCCAUCCCAGAGGCCUUCUGGCCUGACCAGAACUCUCCAACACUACCCCCCCGCUCAGCCCACCCACAGGUACGGUUCUCCUGCGUGGACGCUGAGCCCAUGGUGAUAGACAAGGUUCCCUUCGAUAAAUACGAACUGGAGCCUUCGCCGCUGACGCAGUACAUUCUGGAGAGGAAGUCCCCUCACACCUGCUGGCAGGUGUUUGUGAGUAACAGUGCCAAGUACAGCGACCUGGGUCAACCUUUCGGGUACCUGAAGGCCAGCACAGCUCUCAACUGUGUCAACUUGUUCGUGAUGCCCUACAACUACCCCGUUCUUCUGCCUCUUCUGGAUGACUUGAUAAAAGUGCACAAGUUCAAGCCGACCCUGAAGUGGCGCCAGUCCUUUGAGAACUACCUGAAGACCAUGCCUCCUUAUUAUAUUGGGUCGCUCAGGAAGGCUCUGAGGAUCAUGGGAGCUCCGAACCUGCUGGCUGAUAACAUGGAGUACGGGCUGAGCUACAGCGUUGUUUCCUAUCUGAAGAAGCUCAGUCAGCAGACAAAAAUCGAGUACGACCGUCUGAUUGUCUCCAUUGGUAAGAAACCCCCCCCAGAGCCAGGCAUCAAGGUCCGCUGGCGAGGUGGGGGCGUCUCUUUAGCUCAGCGCAGGGACUUCAUCCAGCAGCUGCAGAGUCUUUCAGGAGAGGCGCCAGCUCUGCCCGUAGAGCUCAACCCCAAAGAGUUCCAGGGAUUCCACCUGGCGCUGCUCAACAAGGGCUUGAAGCCGCAGAGCUUCAGGAAUCCCUACGACAUCCCUCGGAGCCACCUCCUCGACCAGCUUAGCCGAAUGAGGAGAAACCUGCUCAACACCAGCGUCUGCACUCUAAGAGGACAGGACUCUGACCAGCUCCACAGUGUGCCAAUCGCCCAGAUGGGAAACUACCAAGACUUCCUCAAAGCUGCCCCCCAGCCACUUCGAGAUGCAGAUCCUGAGCAGCCCAAACGUUUGCACACGUUCGGAAACCCCUUUAAACUGGACAAGAAGGGAAUGAUGAUCGAUGAGGCGGACGAGUUUGUGACCGGUCCUCAGAACAAAGGCAAGCGACCUGGAGACAACAACAUCAACAUGCCGGGUGGGGGUCCAAAGAGACGUCGCUGCAUGUCCCCUCUGCUGCGUCUGGGCCGGGCCUACACCCCUCCGGUAUCGCCCUCUGCCAGUCCCCGGCACUCAUCAGAAACGGACAUAAAUGACGGUUCUCCUGACCUGAUCAUUAACCACCUAAACCAGAACCACUAUGGGUCAGACAGCAGCUCUGACUUGGAGAUGGACCUCCACACAGGACCAGCAGACCUUCAGGAGAACCACACUUCUGAUGAGGCUCAGGUCCUUCGGCACAUGGACGACGAUGAGGAGGAGGAGGAGAGCGGGCAGCAGCGUGCUGGCGAGCUGCUGCCCAGCCUCGAGGGAGGGGUGGAAAGGGCUCUGAUAGAGGACCCGCCCCCCCGCUUCCUCUCACCAUCCGCCCUGAAGAAGCACAUUCACACCGAGACGACAAAAGUCAACAACGAGCUGAGGACACUCAUCACCAAGGAGAUCAGGAAACCUGGCAGACACUACGAGAAGAUAUUUCUUCUCCUGAAGCAAAUCCAGGGAACUCUGGACACGCGGCUCAUCUUCCUCCAAAACAUCAUCAAAGAGGCGGCCAGGUUCAAGAAACGCGUUCUGAUUGAGCAGCUGGAGAACUUCCUUGAGGAAAUCCACAACAGAUCUAAUAACAUGAACCACGUGGACUCGCUCUGAGACCGGCUGAGCCCAAACCCGCCCCCGUCCCCCGUAAAGCCCAAACACGAAGUUCCCUUGAGGAGACAGAAUCCAGCCCAGGAGCCACGGCCACUUCAGCCAGCCCGCCAACAUUUAAGGUGGCCGCGUUGGUCCAGGCUGACCCAUCACCAAAGGCAGAUCUGACCCUGGAGGAUGGUUCAGAUGGCUGCGAGAAUGAACAGGAAGUGGUGACUGCUGCGGGUGAAGCCUAUGCAACCAGAUGUUCUGUUGGACGUUUGACUGCAGCUGCUGCCUGAGCCUCUCCUCGCUAACUCACGUGGUCACAGUUUUCUUUUACUUAAACGAGUAUCUCCUAAACGGAGAGAGGACGAAACUCUCGUGGAGAGGACCAGAGGGCAGCUGCAGCCUGAAAACUUUAGUUUUUGUGACCACGUGUUCGGGAGAAUAAGAGUUCAGUCUGAGAGGUGUGUGCUUGUUUUCUGAUAACUCGGGGUCGAAAAGGAUCCGUUGAUCAUUUUCCUCUCCAUAACCCUUUCCCUCCGCUCACGUUGAGUCUUAAGUUUUAGGAUGAUGAUGGUUAAAAUGGACUUUUGCACUCCGCCAGCUGGAGCACUCCACCACUUGGCUCUUAAAUGCUUGGAUUCAGCCUUUAAUUCACGGUUGUCAUGAAUGAAUCAGAAGCGGACGUUAAUCUGAACCCUGUUGUCCAACGUAGCGAUGUAACACCGUGAACAACGCGAUGUUGUUAGUGCUAAGUGUUGAAAAAGCUCAGGAACUGAUAUUAAUGCAUCAGCAAUAACAUCAAAGCCCCGCCCCUUCACUUUAUUCAGCCUGAAGCGGCUGAGAUGCAACACAGGCGGUCUUCUGCUGGACUGAUGAGAUGAGGACGUGGUUGCUGCCAGUUUACCCACACACCCACACACACACACACACACACCCAGAUCGCCCCCCUCCCUCAGCCACCAAUCUCCAACCAACUUCUUGUCACUUUUCCAUCGAUGCACUUGUGUAAAUUUGAGAAUUCUUAUUUAAUGUAAUUUAAAAUGGAAAUCUACCUUUUUUUGUUGCCGUUUUUAAAUAUUCGGGUAGAGCUUGUUCAGCGUUCUCAAACGUACACAAUCUCCUCUAGAGGUCAGGAGUUGGCUGCUCUCGCCCCGUUCUCCCUCCCGCCCUCCCUCUUCGGACAGGGACCAAACUCUGCCAUACUUGUCUUUGUUUGUGAAAGGCCGCUACCAAAAGAGUAUUUUGAAUACACUGUAAAGAUGUAAAUAACUCUAGAGUACUAUUUAAAGCAAUGUUAAGUGUAAAAUGGCCUUUUUGUAAGUAUUUCCAUGAAUAAAGUUUCUAUUUUACACUGUGAAGGGCCGUGUAAAUAAAGUGUUCCAUAAA